UCAAGGAGCUCUCUCUCUCUCUCUCUCUCUCUCUCUCUCCAUCCCCCUCUACAGAUGGGUUUAUGGAACCAUCAUGUGGAAGACCAAAAUUUGUGCUUUCAAGCACCUCCUUUUAUUGAAUGGCUGAAGCCAUCUUCCUCUUUUUCAUCAUCAUCAACAUCAUCAUCGUCUUCCCCUUGUUUAUCUGAGCAUGGCACUAUACAAUGCUUGCCUCUUUUAAGCCAGUUUACGGAUACCAAGCUGGUGAAAGUAGAAGAUCGCGGGGUUCAGGAAGAGGGUUUUGGAGUCAAAGAAGAGCAGAUGGAGAAAGUUACAGUUGCCUUGCACAUUGGACUUCCUAAUAGUACUAGUAGUACAGGUGAUAAAUCAGAAACAUAUGAUGAAAAUAAGAAGGUUUUGAAUCUCAAGGAAGAACAAGUGGUCAUGAAGAAGAGCAUUCAUGGUUGUUCGUUUAAGGCAGAAAGUAGGUUUUGGAUACCAACGCCUGCUCAGGUUCUUGUUGGGCCGAUGCAGUUUGCUUGCUCCAUUUGCAGCAAGACCUUCAAUAGGUACAAUAACAUGCAGAUGCAUAUGUGGGGCCACGGAUCUGAAUAUAGAAAAGGGCCGGAUUCUCUAAAAGGAACACAACCAGCCGCAAUGCUGAGGCUACCAUGCUACUGUUGUGCUCAAGGCUGCAAGAACAACAUCAACCACCCAAGAGCCAAGCCACUCAAAGACUUCAGAACUCUCCAGACUCAUUACAAGAGAAAGCACGGAGCAAAGCCAUUCAUGUGUAGAAAAUGUGCCAAAACAUUUGCAGUUAAAGGAGACUGGAGAACCCAUGAAAAGAACUGUGGCAAGCUGUGGUAUUGCACUUGUGGAUCGGAUUUUAAACACAAAAGAUCACUCAAGGACCAUAUUAGAUCAUUUGGUAAGGGGCAUUCUCCACACCCUUCUCUUGAUGGUUUUCACGAGGAUGAGAAGGAAUGUGUAACUGGUUCGGAAGAGGAAUGAGUUUUUAUCCAAACUAGCCAAAGUAAUUUGCCCCUUUUUCUGAAAAAAAUAAAAAAUAAAAGAUUUGUUCCUAUCUCACAUGUCAUGUUACAAGUAACAAAAUGUGUGAGACAAGAACAACUAGGAACAAGGGGUAAACUUCUGCUAGUUUUGAUAAAAACUCAAGAUGUGGACAUUAUGGAGCUUAAUUUAUCUUUCUUUUGGGUUUACGAUUUCAAACUAUCGAAGCUCAGAGAAUGAAGGUAAUUAAUUAGGAGGGUAUGUACUAUAUAUAUCCAAGCUUGUGCUCUGUAACAAAAAAUUCUCAGCAGCUUGCACACCAUGCACAUAGGGGAGCGGUUUGCUACGGAGCACUUGCUGUGUGAUAGGGAGUAGUUAAUAACUCUAAGCAGUUUGCUUAGUGGUUUAAAUAUAAAUAAGUUGAUGAUUACUUGAAGCGAUGAAGCAGAUGAAUUUCUUUCUCCUAUCAACACAUGGUAGGUAUCAUGCAGUUACUAUCUUUUGUAGCAUCUCCCCAUGGAGAAAAUUUAUCAGCUUCAUUGUCAACUGGUAAUCUAUUCAUGAUUGUUGUAUUAUCAAAUUGAAAUGUUUGGAAUCUUGAUAAUCUCCUCUCUCUCU